AUGGGAAACUUUCAACCGAGUCGUCAGCCAUCCAUACAUAGGGUUGGCAACUCUCGUCAUCGAGAUCGCGGAUCACAACCUCCGGUCCAAUGCUUGACGCCCCCGCGCCCUCGUCGACAAAGAAGAGGCAAUCCAAAAGCAUACACAUUUGUGUCUUGCCGCGUAGUGGCCUUCGCACACGGCAAAGGCAAUAGACGUGGGCAUAUCGAGAAGUCGCAAUUGCCGCUUCCCCUCCAGAAUUCGAUCGAGCGAUCGACACAACUCACCAGGCACGCCGGCUUAGCCAGGUCAACACUGCCUGCUGUCUCACUUAAGACAACACCAAUGGACAACAAAACAAUGUGGUCGUUGAAGUCGUCGAUCAUCACCGAAUCCGGCGAUUCCAUGGCAUCCGCUGGUGUUUGGCAUUGUCCGCUUGAAGAAUCACAAGUCUCCGCAUAUAGAGCCGCUGUGCUUCUUGACACCCUCCUGAAGACGCUAGCGGACUCUUUGACGCUGGGCUGGGACCGCAAGCUCUCAUUCUCUGCCUGCGCUGGAUGGCGCUUUGGCUCCUCGAAGCACUUGUGGGAGCGUCUUACCUACCUUAGUCUCCUUCUUCUCUGCCACACAUGGUACCAAAACUCCCACGCCUGGACGCUUCAGGAGACCCGUCUGGCUGAUCGGAUUUUCCUCUUGCUGCCGCUUCAAACAUCUUGUCAAAGCUUGAGCAACACGGGGCUUGUUUUCCCUUUGUCGUUCCGUUAA